CUUGACAUUGAAGGAUUAGAACUUAAACCAUCAGUGUCUUCUAAUAAAGAUACCGACAAAGACAUCUUUUACAUAAAGCCAUCUAGUAUAAUUGAAAUGCAGCUUUCAAAGAAAAACACAGCAAUACAGUUACAAAGAUUUCCCAGACAAAGCAACUUUUUUGAAGGUCAAAGUAGUGGAAGCAAGUGGAAGACUGAAAUAAAGUCUUUGAUGGCAAAAAAUUCAUCUUCAGAAAGAAUAUAUAUUGGUGACAACGUUCAGAAUAGCACAAAUGGAGAGUGUGGGACUGUUGUUCAGUUUUUUUCCCAGGAAUUUGAAAAUACACAUCAAGUAUAUGCAUCUGUAAAGUGUGAAAGUACAAGAAAUAUAUCUGUGAUAGCAAAUGAUCUGUUGAAGUUGGACCAGACAAAUGUGAGUUUGUUAUAAAAAAAUAAUUCUUAUAUGAUUUGCAUAUUAGAGAAUACGUUGAUAUGAUUGGUUGAGAGGACUUCCGGUAGUUGUUCUUGACGUUGUUUAUUUUUCGAUAGACGACGUUGACCGAACUUCUUUUCGUAACCAAUGUAAACAAGAUGGCGGCGAUAAUGACACAAUCCGGAUUGACGUUAACAAAAUUAAUUUUCAGUUCGCGUUAAUAGGUCUCAAUAUGUAAAUUAAAUAAUAAACACAAAACAUUCGUUUGAAUGAUAAUAAGAGUUUUUGUAGUUUAUUUUUUAUCAGAUUGCAAAUUUCACGGAGUACAUAUUUUUGCGUUAACCAACAAAUAUAUUCAUGCGCCAGGCCUAUUCAAUGACACAAAUAUACAAUUUACGUGUGAUAGAGGUUACGAGUGUGGAAAAAUAAUUCCUUAUCUCCAAUUUUAAAGAAUUAUAAGGAUUAAACGCCUUUUUAAAGGAAUUUAUUGGUGUAUAAACUGUACCAAGUCACUCACAAACAUAUCAUAAAAGUCCUUUGGACUUUUAUUUGUUUGUGAGUGAAUUGGUCGAGUUUAUACACCAUUAAAUUCCUUUAAAAAGGCGUUUAAUCCUAUA